UUAGGCAUGCCAGAGAACUUGCAUAAGAAGUGGGAGCGCCAAGAAAUGCUAAUCGCACGUACGAGGAUGGCCUUGCAUUUGGCACGGGAGGCAGUGAAUUACCAAGUCGGGAUGCCGUGCGAACGUUGAGGGUUGAACAUUGAUUGGCGUAAGAGCAAAAGGUUACGACACUGCUUCGCAAAGUUUGCUUCCCUGGAGUCGUAUGCGGUUGUUUCAGACGUAUAUAAUUGUCAAGUUUCUCUUCGGCCACCUGUGCAGUAGUCGUCGGAGAUUAUGAUUUGAGAUUUCAGACUGGAGUGAAGCAAAGGAAACACUGCAUAUGUCCUUCAAUACCUGAAAAACACCUUUGAGAGGUUGAUGGGGCGUUUUCCUUUGGACCCCUCCUUGUUGUCAGCACAUUCUUGAAUGACCUUUUUUUUUUUUUUUUCCAGAUGCGACCUUUCUUGAGUUACUUUCCAAUAAUUGCAAGGAAGGAUUGUUUCUCGAUCAUUCUCUACAUCUCCAUGGCAAGCGACGGUCGAUCGUUGAUGGACGCAAAAGAGAAGUCGACAUACAGAGACCGAUGAGACACUACUACACUAGUAGUUAUACCUGUUCCAGCUAUGCUUUAAGUGCGGAGAACAUAUCCAGUCUUUCCCGGAGCUUGGCAAUAGGACGCAGACCAAUCGGUCGCUGACUGGAGAGUAGUAGAGGUGGUUUAUCCAAUGGGAGAGCGUAGUGUUAGGAAUCGGAAAUAGGUCCCUGAUUGACAAUAGAUUACAGAUGAAGACUCUCCGUGGUCCGAGUCCCAGCUUGGCUUGGGCCGUCAGGCCGGGGGAGUGGGGAAGGAGAAAGAGGAGCGAUUGAAGAAGAUCUAUAAGGAUGAAGUCGUCCCCAGGCAGGGUUUGAACCUACGACCAAUCGGUUAACAGCCGACCGCUGUACGGCCGAGCGGGCGAGAAGGCGAAAUCAGGCGAAGUCAGGCGAAGUCUCUUCUAAGGAAAUAUAGGGCGGGAGAAACAGGAGGGAAUUGGUGGGAAGGAGUAGGGCGGGAGAAACAGGAGGGAAUUGAAGAAGAUCCAAGGAGGAAGAAGAUAUAGAAAUGGCUGAGCAGUCGGCAAGGCGCUCUUUUUGGCCGGUUAGUGAGUUUCAUUACCCAGACGAAGAGCUGAAUCUAGCUGGUCAAACCAGGCAAGGAAGGAAGGAAGGAAGGAAGGGGGAAAAAAAGACAAAAAAAAAGAAAAAACAUGCAGUAUUCCGAGUAUUGUGCAGUUGAAAAAGCUCAUUUUUAUUUUUUUGCAAAUGAUCUCUAUAUCGCGAUGUAGCUGCCUUCUUUUCCCCACGAGAAAGUUUGGGAUCUGAAGAGUAUUACCUCCUCUCUCUCUCUCCUCCCGGGCGUAAAUCAAUCAAAGCGUCUGGGUUUGUGAGAGGUCCAUGUAGAUCGAAGCUGUGAAGAGCAAAUGGAGGACAUAGUUGGCAUUUUCAUCCGUGUAUUCAUUGCUCUUUUGCUUGGGGCAAAGGCCUUGUGAAGCAAUAGAGGAGCGAGAGGGGGUUUGAAGAAAAAAAGGUGUGAUGGGUCGCAUUAUCAUCUUGAUGGAGUACACGUGUUGAAAGCAAGCGACAGUUGAAGGAAACCAUAGUACAGUUGUUGCCCAGAUUUAGUCUCAUGCAAAGCCGUUGAGUUUGUUUUUGAAAAAGGACGAUCAAGUGAAGGAAGCAUUCUUUUGGUCAGCCGACGCAGUCGGAGCCUGAGCAUUCUCGUCGAAGUUGGAACUGCGAGCAAGGAAGCUGCGGAUGCUCUCCGAAGAAACAGUGAGUGUUCCUCAAUUUUCUCUCUCUUGCGGAUGGACUGCAUCGGAGCGCGUGUGAUGUUGUCAGUGUGUGUGUGUGCACAGGAGACGUGGUCGACACAAUGCGAUGGUGUUUUGGCUUUGCUUCCACCCCAAGCACUGUGGUGCACGCUGUGGUUGUGUUUGACAGGAGCCUGAAGCUCAAGACGAUGGCCACGAGACAGGGAAGGAAUGCCAUGUGGCAUUGCUUCCUUGCCUGUGGGAAGGAGGUGGAGCAUGUGCGGCGAGUACUGUGUCGACGGGGACAAACACAGUCUUCUGCUUGGGGCAGUUGGUGGUGAAGAUGGGAGGACCUGCAGACGAGCGGAGCUUGCUGGCAGAAGCACCUAUGUGAGGAGGCAUCAUUCUGUCUUUUGUUCAAGAAGCAGGGAGGAGCAGGAGGGAGGUGGGAAGGGAUAGGGAGGAGGGGGGAAGGACAAGGACAUAACGCCGAAUACAUGCUUCCAUUCUAUUCCAGGGCAGAAAUGUGGGGCAGACAAAGAGACAAGAAAGAGGAAGAGAAAACGGCAGCGGAGACGAGGUGACAACAACAAAGAGUGAGCAUUAGCGAUGUGGCAAUCGCAUCAGGAGGGCGGGAAGGAGGGAGGGGGGGGAGGGGGCGGUGAAGAGAAGAGGCAUCUUGCAGGGAAACACGAGGAUUGGUGGUGGGGUGUCGAAUCGCCUCUCUCUUGUCUGCUCAGUUGGCUUAGGAUGCUCGACAAAACGCUUACUUGCCUUCUCCUUUGGUAUGUACUUUGCCCCUGGGCUGGUUAAUGAACCUCCUGCCCUGUUGUUUAAUUUGUUGUCGUUUUCCGUCAGUCGCCUGUUGAGCAGAUGCCAAGGGCAAGAGAGAAGGGUUUGCUACUGGAGGGAGGACACAUCUGUCUGCACAGGCUGUAGUAAUCAGUGUUGCGACGCCUGGGGAGAAAGGCCCAGCAAACGGUAGAGAGAUUUUCGCGAAAUGGUACCGCUCUGUUGUCUGAAAUAGUUGCAAAACUCCCUGUGUUGGUGCUUCUAAGGUUAUAUAUAUAUUUAUAUAUAUAUAUUUUUUAUUUGGCCAUCAUCUCGUAGCGUGCAAGCAUGUUCUUCUACUGAGUGAACUCAGCGAAGCCUUGUGUUGCUUUCGUCAGUUCUACGUAGCUGCAUGGAACAGAGAUGAAGAAAGAGGAAGGGCUAUUCUUUUCCGUUCUUCUUCGCACAUCAUCAUCAGAGUGCAAUCAAUCCCUUGUGAAUUU